AUGGAUCCGGUCCCCGACCAUAAUAGACACAAGCUAACUGAAGCCAAGGUCUGCCUGGAGGCUCAAACCGACCGUAAGCGGAACAUCAACGAGGAAUCAGGACGGCGCCUGAGUGCAAAUGAGGAGGAUUUAAACCUGACUGACAACUCAGCAUUUGGCCUGCCUCUCAAGGACUGUGCCAGCCCCUUUGAUGACUUUCGUGACGUGCGGGCUCGAGUCCGUGUGGAGUGCCGGAUAAACACCAUCCUAGCCGAAGCGAACACUACAGUGCGAAGGGCAAAAGAGGAUUUUUGGAACAUGUGCAAGUCCAUCAGCAGAAUGACACCUCUAUCUCGAACAGGCAGCAUCAGACAGUACUGGAAAUCGGACCAGUGGAGUUCUUUGCCUGCGGGACGAUGCGGACCCGGCGGACUGGGACUGAGGCAGUAUACCGUGUGA